GAAAUGGGGAACAUUGAUAUGGCAAUACAGUUACUGUCUCUUGGAGCAACAUGCCAAUUGACAACCCGCUUUGGUUACACACCUCUGCAUCUUGCCAUAAAAAACAAACACUUUGACCUGAUCAAGAUUUUGAAACAGCAAGGAGCCACAGUAACUCAACAUCCUACACGAAUCGGCAUGGAUCUUAUCAAGGCGGUUUGGACUAAAGACUAUAGGCUUGUGCGUGCAUGGUUCUUAGCUGGGACAAACAUGAACCAGUGUGAUUACAAUGGGCAGACUGCUUUACAUGCAGCAGUGGAGAAGAGGAACGAGCUCAUGGUGUCCAAACUUCUUGAAUAUGGCGCUAAUCCAGAGAUUGCUGAUAUUUGGGGAAGAACAGCAGCAGAUGAAGCAAGAAAGAAUAACCUGCAUGACAUUUUGGUGCUCUUCAACCUUCCUAUUUGAAACU